AUGAAUUCCUUGGUCUUUUGCAAAAAGUACAUAUCUAUGCUACCUACUGUCUUCUUUAUAAAAUUUGGUGGUAAUAAUAAUGAUUUUGGAGAAGAGUUAAACUAUUAUACGGACUGCACUGGAUUUAACAACAGCACUGGUGAGUUAUUAGUUUUGCUCUAUCUAUCUAUUAUCUAUCUGUUUGUCUAUCUGUCUAUCUAUCUGUCUGUCUAUCUAUCUAUAUCUAAGCAUAUCUAUCCUCCUUAUCACAUAUCUAUCUAUCUAUCUAUUUAUCUAUCUAUCUAUUUAUCUAUCUAUCUAUCUAUCUAUCUAUCUGCAUAUAGUCUGGGAAAGAAGCGCUACAAAGUGACCCUUAAAAAGCCGUUAGACAGAGAAACUGAUGAUCAUCAUGACAUCACCAUCACUUGCCAAGACAAAGGUGCUCCCCGUCUUCAUAGUGAGAGUAAGUUCAUCAUUCGCGUAGUGGAUGUAAAUGAUGUACGGCCCCAAUUCUCUCGGAAGAUAUACAAAUUUAGCAUCAGAGAAAACGAGAGAGCAAAGUAUCCUGUGGGUUACAUCAAUGCCACAGAUCCAGACUUGGGACCUGGUGAUAAGCUGACUUACUCUCUACGAUCCAAUGACAAACAUUUUUUACCCUUUCAAAUCAAUGACAAUGGCUUGAUCUCAACUGUUAUGUCUUUAGACCAUGAAUUUCAGGACAUCUAUGAAUUUCAAGUUUUUGUGAAAGACAACGGGAAACCACCACUCAAUAACACAGUGAAUGUCAUUGUCGAAGUCAGAGAUGAAAACGAUAAUGCCCCACAUUUCACUCAUCCCAGUGUUAACCCUUUCACAAUGGAUGUGGUUUAUUACCCACAUCGCACAAAAAACAUCACAAUCUUAAGAGCAACUGAUAGAGACAGCCGGCAGAAUGCAUUUCUAAAAUAUGAAAUCACUGCAGGCAAUGAAAAACAGUUGUUCACAAUCAACCAUUACACUGGGUUGUUGUCUUUUACUCGUGUAGUCACACAGCAAGAUGCUGGAACCUAUGACUUACAGUUUGUUGUCAUGGAUAGUGGUAAUCCAUUUCAAUCUGCCACCACUAAUCUAACUUUGGUCUUGUCUGUGAGCAACAAGACGUUUGAAAUGUACAAUGUUGUUCACAUACAGGCUGAUGAAGCUGAGGAAAAUAUUCAAAUUGAUUUUCUAAUAGCUAUAGUGUCAGUCGCUGUAACAAUAUCUGUAGUAAUUACAGCUUUCAUUUCUAUUUGCUAUAUUCGGUAUAACACUCGGAGAAAGGACUCACAACGAAGUGGAAUGAACUCUUCAAAAAUAUGUGAACAGCGACAGCUGAUGUUCCCUUCAAAUCAAGCUACUUCUUUUACUGACGCUCCAGCUACCUGGAUAGAAGAGCCAGACAUGGCCAGGAGUGGUCACACGAGAACAGAAUCCCAUCUAGGGAGUGACAUUGAACACAAAGGUACUGCAUCAGGAAUGGAUCUCCAGACAGCUGCGGAGGUUGUGUAUCAGGAAAUUGGAACCUCAUCUGGUGGUAAACGACGUAAGAAAACGGCAUUGAUGUACCCUGACUGUCACAGGGUUGUGUCUAUGUUGUCUUCACAUGCAGAGAAUGAAGAAAACUGGAACAAAGGAAACACAACAAACAGUGAAGAAACACCAGCCCCUCCAGAAAAGAAUUACCUGUGUAUAGUGCAACUGGUCAUUGAAAAUGCAUGA